AUGGGUCACAGACCACACGGCAAAGACCAUCCGGACAAAACACCACCACGCCGUGGCAAGGUUGGAGGCGAGACACGGUGGACAUGCGGACGGUCAUCGCGCCCUCAUCGUGGCUGUGAUCCUCCUGGUGAGGAUUUUGAGAGGCUCCUAGCUGAGAUGCAAAAGUUCUACCAGUCUGUGAAAUGUCUUGAUAUUGCAUUCCACAAUCCGAAGAUCCGUGAUCGUGAAGAUCUCAGUGUCAUUGGGCCCUCCUCAUUUUUCUCUAUAUUCCUUGGAGGAGUCGACUUUGGUUUUGAGUGGGAGAGAGCUACUGGCCUAAUCAAAGUAAUCCCAUCGGCUACCCCCGAAUCCCUGAUCCAUGAUUUCACCUUGAAGGUUGGCUCUGACCUGAAGGUCCCAAUGUUACAACGGAUUGCAGCGGGUGAGCUUUCAGAACUGGACAAGCGUCUGUAUCGUCGGAAAUUUAUCAACUUGACUAAAGCUUCAGAUGAGGCAAUUGCGCGUAAUGACUAUGCGCCCUUCCGAUCUCUUUUCAAGAACAUCGAUGACCUCUAUAAACAGUAUGGAUUCAAUGUCAUUGAGGUCAAUGCCAAUGAAGCCAAUGAUGAAGAGUCGGAUCCAUCUAUUAGCCCAACUUAUGGGGAGCCUGAGGAGUUCAGCGAUGAAGAUGGCAAUGAUGGAGUGGAGAUGGUAGAGAUGGGAAUGGUGGUAUGCACCUGCAAGAAGACUCUCGACAAAGUCGCCUAUCAUAUCGUCCUUCGAAUGGCGAUUGAAUCGAUUCAGCAAAAGCAUUGGACUCAAACCAAGGAAGUCCUGAAGGUUUCCAUGUCCCUUGGCAAGUUCUUGCAAUUGGCCAAUAGCAAUGUGAGUUUAAUCGAUCUGAACGAAUCUGACGAUGCAUGGCCCGGGGCAUUUGCAUCUGUAAGACGCCACCAAGAAGCGAUUUUGCACGUCGACACGGUGACCCAGAGGAGAAAGGCCAGUCCAGUUUCUGAGACCAGGAUAUCCAGCCCCGAGCGGCUAAAGCAAACAUUGGGCCGCACUAUAGCGAAGAUUGGCAUUCGCAACCCGCUUCCGAUUCGCCAUACGCGAAUAAAAUGA